AUACAUUCUAAGGGAUUCCUUUUGUCAUAUGACUUAAAUUGUUAAGUACGUUAAACCUCAAGCGCUCACUCACUCAAGAGAGAAAGAACGACAGCUAUGUGUUAAGUGUUUCAAAAUGGCUAAUCAGACGUACAUCGAUCAUCUCUAUGACCAGAUCUAUGCUACCUUGUAUGGCCAGUGCAUUGGUGAUGCCCUUGGAUUGUUGACAGAAACCCUCACCAAAGGCGAUGCCAAACGACAUUACAGUCAGGUUGGAAAACAUCUUGAUUAUAUACACAAGAAGAUGGUUGCUGAUGCUCACCGUGUCAAGUGGGACGUGGGAGACUGGACAGAUGAGUCCGACCAGAUGAUUUUAAUAAUGCAGUCCCUCAUUGACAACAAUGGGAAGGUGAAUAUGCAAGAUUUUGCUAGAAAGCUAAUGGAAUGGUGGGAAGGAGGGUUUCCUGACCUGAAAGAUGUAAGAGGAGUAGGUCUCUGUGGAUCUAUUAAAGGAGUCAUUACACAUUCUCUGUUCUCAGUGGAACCUCAGAAGGCAGCGGAGAUUGUAUGGAGGAAUAGCCGGUGUUAUCCAGCAACAAAUGAGGCAGUUUCACGGACAUCAGUUCUUGGAGUACACAUGUUCAGGUGUAUGGGGAAAGUGAUACAGAACACGGUAGAGAUCUGUAAAACCACACAUGCAGAUCCAAGGUGCCAAGCAUCUUGUGUGGCUGUCACAUUAGCGAUAGCUCUCCUGCUGCAAAAACAGCCUGAAAUCAAGAGAAAAAAUGGCCAGUUUGAUGUGGACAUGAUAGCAAGGGAGUGCUAUGCAUAUGCUUCCAAGUGCCUCAUAGGAACAAAGCAUGAUCCUAAAGAGUUAAAGCAGUACAUCUUCACCACUUCAUUGCGUGAGUUAAAACUGGACGAGCCAGGGCGGGUCAGCUAUACCUACAAGACUUUGGGGGCAGGGUUCUGGGCUUUGCGACAGAAAGACUUUCGAGAGGCCAUACAAGCUGUUGUCAUGGAGGGUGGAGAUGCUGAUGCUAAUGGGGCUGUUGCUGGUGCUCUGCUAGGCUGUAAACUUGGUCUGGAUGCUAUACCUAGAGCCUGGAUAGAGAACUUACAGCACAGAUACUGGCUGGACCAAAUCAUUGACCAAUUUUUACAAGUUAUGGAGGGAACCAAAGUGAAAUAUGAGACUGCAGUUUGAGCAUCUUUCCUUGGGUGACAGCAUGCAUUUGGUGCUACAAGUGCAUUUUUAAUAUGCCAAUGGCAGUUAUACUGAGAACUGCAGUUUAUUCUGUAUGCUGAUUUCAUCUCCCUACCUUAAUAUUCUUGUAUGCCAAAAAGUUAAUAUCUUUCAAACAUGUAACUGAGGAUGACAUGAAAUGUUCCACAUGAACAUUACUAAUCUGUUGUGAUAUCUGGCCACCUUCAGUGUUUCAUAUUACUGUCAUAUACCUGACAGUCAGGUUGAAACCCACAUUGUCUGCCAAAAAAUGCCAGUUGUUUGUUGAGUUUGCACAAAGUUGUGAGUAAGGAUCAUAUUUCAUGUCAGUUUUGAGAAGAUGGAGAAAAUCUCAUGAAUAAUUGUUAAUAAGAUUUUUACCAUCACAGAAAAACAGGAGCUGUUGUCUGCCUUCCUCGUGAUGCAGUGUUAUGUGUUUUAUACUGUUUUUGCUAUGCAGAGGGUUUAUUGAGUGUGUUACAUGAAGAGAAAAUGUGAUCAUAGGAAAACUAGUUGUGGUUCAGAGGUUUUUGAUGGUUUUAGAGAAAGGCCCCUUGUUAUUUUAUGCUGUGAUAUAUACUCGUCUUGUAUAAUUUUAUGUGGUAAUAAUGAGGAGAGAACUUUUUCUGUUAAUAACUUACUUUGGAACAAGCUUUGCUUAUCUAUAAUGGAACAUUUUUACCUGUUAGGUAUCAGGUUUAUAUUGUGAUAAUCGGUUUAUUUAGCUAAUUCAUUUACAUACUUAUCCAUAUUAUACAAAUAUUAACAGUUGAUCCCAGCAUGGUUAUUUCUUACAUAUCUACAUACAUGUAAGCUACAAAUAUUCUCCUUGGAUUCCCCUUCAUUUAUUUCGAAAACACUCACAAGUUAUUAUUUUCCUAUCUUCACUUCUGUCCUGUUGGUAGUGUAGUGACAUUUUACACCAGAUUUCUUUUUAUUCUUUUUCAAGAUGUUUAAUCUUCUCAUUGUUAUAUUAUCUUCCACUGUUCACUUUAGUAAGACUAAAUUGUUCAGAUUUUUAGCUCAUUUUCAAAGUUGCAUAUAAAGAUCAAAUUGAGUUUUGCAGUUUGUUUUUAGUAGAUCCUAAAAUAUCUUCAAAAGCCAAAUGUCAGUAUUAUGCCAGGCAAUCUGUUACCACAAAUUUAACAGUGAAUAUGUUUAGGAGAUUACCUUGGCCAUUACUAAUUUUGGAUGUGCUAGGUUUAUGUAAUGGUAAUUACAUGUAUGUGCCAUUUGCCGUUAUAUACCGCCACUUUUCUGAUAGGUCUGUCAGCCCUACAAUUUAUAGUCAAAUGGCCCAUCGUUUUACAGGCUGGAGGUUGUGAACCUUAUUUGAUCCUCGAAGGCCUUGUGUCACCAAGGCAAAUACUUAAUCCAUGUUUUCUGUGUGCUCUGAUUUGAUGAAGAUGGAUUUAGUAUGACCCAAGUAGCACCUUCAAUCCAAGAUGUCCUUCUCUGUUUUCAGCCAGGUGUUACCAGUCAUGAUUCCUCUUUAUUCAGAUACUAAUAGACAGGUAUGAAGUUUUCCAACUCAUUCUUAUGCAGUUCUAAUUUUAUGUAAUGAAUAAAGAUCCUAAAAUGUCUCCAGUUCACAUUAGUUUGAUUGUGAACAUUCACAUAAUUAUGUGUUAGAACUUAUCACACCAAACAGACUGAGAAUAUGUCAUGUUAUAAUAUGCCCACCAGUGUACAUGUCCAUUAACGUGGUAUAGGAUAUGUGAAAUUAAUUCCAAAACAGAAAAUAUGAUAAUGGAUAUAUUUGUCUGAAA